AUGCUUUCGCUCAAACAACAACCGCAAUAUGCAAUCUCCUCAUUCCCCCACCUUUAUCAAGUCGAUGCGAAACGACCUCUAAGCACGGCGUUAUUCUGGGCUGCAAAACACGGGAGAGAGACUACUUUUCAAAAAGCGCUGCAAGCAGGCGCCAAUCCUAUGGCCAGGGACAGACUUGGUCAAACACCAUUGCAUCUGGCGGCAUAUGACGGUCAUGAGGCGGUGGCUAAAAUCCUUCUGACUACAGCCGAUGUCAAUCCGGACUACGAGGACACUUACCGCCGAAUACCGCUGAUGCAAGCCGCUGCGCAGGGCCAUGAGGGACUUCUCGCGCUGCUUCUCGCUCAAGACGGUAUCGAUCCGCACUGCAGGGGCUACCGAGGCCUCACACCGCUUGCGCUAGCGGCACAGAACGGACAUGUCGGUAUAAUGAAACUACUGCUUGCUGUGGAAGAGGUCGAUCCAGAAAUCCUCGAUAAUGCGGAGAUGUCGCCACUGGCAUGGGCGGUUGCCAAAAACCAUGAGGGAGCGGUCAGAUUACCACUCUCCAUACCAGGUUUCAAUGCAAGCAGCAAAGAUCGCAACGGCUAUACGCCGCUCACGCAUGCAAUGGAACGUGCGGGUGAUGCCGUUGUCAAGUCGAUCAUUGCUAGAGACGAAUUUGAGCCAGAUUGGCCGAACUUUGGCAACGACCAGACGGCUUUAUCAUUUGCUGCCAAAAAAGGAAAUGUGGCAGCGGUCAAGGUGCUUCUUGCCACCGAUGUUGAUCCAGAUCCUAAAGACCGCCAAGGACUCACACCGUUGGCAUUGGCUGCGCAUGGUGGGUAUGCAGACGUGGUUAAGCUGUUGCUCGCUGCUGAGGGAGUCGACCCCAACUCCUACGAUGAACAGGGGAGCACGCCGCUAUCAUGGGCAGAAGAUAUGAAUAACACCGCUGUUGUAAUGGUUCUCCUGGAUCAUUUCAAAAAGACUGGAAUUCCUGCGGAGAGGAUGAAGCCCCAGGAGUGGGCUGAAGAUAAUGAAGGAUAUGAAUUUGGUGAGGACCCUUUAUCCAAUUUUCCUGAUCAUUGUUACUAG